ACCUAGAAGGUCCAAGUAUAUAGAACUAGAGAGCAGGACUGCGGAAAUGAAUUUGAAAAAUUUCCUGGUUAGACAGCGGAACGUAAUUUCCCAAGUUUUGGUUAAAGACCUGAGGUUAGGCAUAAAAUAUGUUGCAUUUCAUCCUCAUUUCUCUAAAGUUUUCCUUGCAUAACCUGUGGAAGGCAUGAACACCCAUGUGCGCCUAACUAAAGGUUUUUCUGAAUCAUCAUUCACGAGAAUUUCUAAAGGAGCAAGUCCCGAACUGUGGUCCAAUGUAAACAGCAAAGUCAGGCUGGGAGAAUCUCAGAAGGCUAUGACUGGAGGGGACCACUUUGGCAGCUUUUUGCAGAUGAGGAAAUCAAAGUCCGGCAGCAUUCUCCUGGUUGCAAAAUGAAUCUCUUCUUAUGUGGGCAUCUUGCUUUGCCACUCUUUUCCCCCAGAUGCGUCCUAUCAGUUCCUGCAGCUGCUAAAUAUAGCGGUCUGUGGCAGGCUGCAUGUGCAACCGCACGCCCCACUCUAUCUGUCGUAUCUCAGUUACGGACUAGGCCUCCUCAGGGUCAUCCUAUGUACACAGUACAUAUUUUAGACAACGGGGAGAGUGAAUCAAGCAGAGAGAGAGAGAGAGAGAGAGAGAGAGAGAGAGAGAGAGAGAGAGAGAAACAGAGAUAGGUUGAAGCCUGGCAUGGGCACAGGUGGCAGUACACUAGAAAGAGCCGGCUCCUGGCUCGGUCUUCCGCGUGUGCUGAGAAGCCGGUUUCCCCCGGCCGCCGCCUCGGGGCGAUCCUCGUGCGCCCCCGCCCCCCUGCCGUGAAAUUCAGCUUCCAUCCCGCAGCGACAAAGUGGCCCGCGGGCUGCUGAGCCCUCCGCCGCGCGCUGGGACGGGUUGCGCCUCGCCGCCCGCCGCUGACCAUGACCAUGACCCUCCACACCAAAGCCUCCGGCAUGGCCCUGCUGCACCAGAUCCAGGCGAGCGAGCUGGAGCCCCUCAGCCGCCCGCAGCUCAAGAUGCCCCUGGAGGAGCCGCAGGGCGAGGUGUUCCUGGACGGCGGCGGCAAGCCGGCCGUCUUCAACUACCCUGAGGGCGCCGCCUACGAGUUCAACGCCGCGGCCGCCGCCUCCGCGCCGGUCUACGGCCAGCCGGGCCUGGCCUACGGCCCCGGGUCCGAGACGGCCGCGGCUUUCGGGCCCAGCGGCCUGGGGGGCUUCCCGCAGCUCAACAGCGUGUCCCCCAGCCCGCUGAUGCUGCUGCACCCGCCGCCGCAGCUGUCGCCCUUCCUGCACCCGCACGGCCAGCAGGUGCCCUUCUACCUGGAGAACGAGCCGAGCGGCUACGCGGUGCGCGAGGCCGGAGCCCCGGCCUUCUACAGGCCAAAUUCAGGUAAUCGACGCCAGAAUGGCCGAGAGAGGUUGGCCAGCAGCAGCGACAAGGGAAGCAUAACCCUGGAGUCUGCCAAAGAGACCCGCUACUGCGCAGUGUGCAAUGACUACGCCUCCGGCUACCAUUAUGGGGUCUGGUCCUGUGAGGGCUGCAAGGCCUUCUUCAAGAGAAGUAUUCAAGGGCAUAAUGACUACAUAUGUCCAGCUACCAACCAGUGCACGAUUGAUAAGAACAGGAGGAAGAGCUGUCAGGCCUGCCGGCUCCGCAAGUGCUACGAUGUGGGCAUGAUCAAAGGUGGGAUACGGAAAGACCGAAGGGGAGGGAGAAUGUUGAAGUAUAAGCGACAAAGGGACGAUGAAGAGAGGAGGAAUGAGGUGGGGCCAUCUGGAGACAUGAGAGCUUCUAACCUUUGGCCAAGCCCUCUUGUAAUUAAGCACACUAAGAAGAACAGCCCGGCCUUGUCCUUGACAGCUGAUCAGAUGGUCAGUGCCUUGAUGGAUGCUGAGCCGCCCUUAAUCUAUUCUGAGUAUGAUCCUACCAAACCCUUCAGUGAAGCUUCCAUGAUGGGCUUAUUGACCAACCUGGCAGACAGGGAGCUGGUUCAUAUGAUCAACUGGGCAAAGAGGGUACCAGGUUUUGGGGAUUUGACCCUCCAUGACCAGGUCCACCUUCUGGAAUGUGCCUGGCUAGAGAUCCUCAUGAUUGGUCUCGUCUGGCGCUCCAUGGAGCACCCCGGGAAGCUCCUGUUUGCUCCUAACUUGAUCUUGGACAGGAAUCAAGGUAAAUGUGUAGAGGGUUUUGUGGAGAUCUUUGACAUGUUGCUGGCGACAUCAACUCGGUUCCGUAUGAUGAAUCUGCAGGGAGAGGAGUUUGUGUGCCUCAAAUCUAUCAUUUUGCUUAAUUCUGGAGUAUACACCUUUCUGUCCAGCACCUUGAAGUCUCUGGAAGAGAAGGACCAUAUCCACCGGGUCCUGGAUAAGAUCACAGACACCUUGAUCCACCUGAUGGCCAAAGCAGGCCUGACUCUGCAGCAGCAGCACCGGCGCCUGGCUCAGCUCCUCCUUAUCCUCUCCCACUUCCGGCACAUGAGUAACAAAGGCAUGGAACAUCUGUACAGCAUGAAGUGCAAGAACGUGGUGCCCCUGUAUGACCUGCUGCUGGAGAUGCUGGAGGCCCAUCGCCUGAACACGCCCUCCAACCCUGUGGGCGGGCCCCCGGAGGAGCCCAGCCAGAGCCAGCUGGCCAUGAUGGGCUCCUCUUCAGCACAUUCCCUGCCAACGUACUACGUUGCCCAGGAAGCAGAGAGCUUCCCCAACACAAUCUGAGAGCUCCUGGCUUUCCCAAAGUUCUGAGAAUCCCUGCAGCCUUUCACCCAUCAUGCAUCAGUUUAGCAGAACUCUGUCUCCUGCAUACACCCUGGCAUGCAUCCACUGCCAGUGGCUUUCUAGUAAGAGUGGCCAUUCAUUUGCUUGCUCCGUUCUUAGUGCUAUGUCUUCUGUUGGGAACAGCCAAAGGGAUUCCAGGGCUAAGUCUUGAUAACAGCUCCCUUUCCCCCUUUGCUACAUUAUUGAGAAUGAGGAUUCCUGUGGUUCUUCAUGACUGAACUCAGCCUAUGAGAUGACUGCAUUGAAGCUACUCAUUGAGACCCAGGCCUGGAGAAUAGACAUUUCACCUCUGCUAAGCACUUUGCAAUGGCUCCAAGAAUAAGCCUCAGGAAAGGAUUUAAAGUGGCUCCUUCAGUUGAUGACUUGGAGAAAGCUAACUCAAGGGUUUGUUAGAGCAUCCUCUUGUAUUCCUAUAGUAAUGUGCCACUUCGUUAAAGUGAUACUUCGACCUUUUUGCUCCAUCGCAUGGCUUUAGCACGAUAUUUGGUGAUUGUCUGUUCAUUUGCCCUAUACAAAUACAAGAUGCACACAGGGAAGGAAGAUCCCCUAAUUGUCAAGACCAUGUCAACUUAAACACUGAAACUUCACGCUUGCUCAAGUCUCCGCUGCUGGUUUCCCAGAGCACUACAUAUAUAGGUCAUGGGUUCCAGGUGAUCCUUGCUUCCCAAGACCCUAUGGGAAACAGCAAGUCAGUUUGAGUUAAGUCACUCCCACACAGAACCAUCUCCCCAUAUAUAAGAGACAUGUUUUAGUUUUGUUUUUUGGAUUUUCCUCCUUUUAUAAAAGAAAGCCCUCCAUCUCCUGAACUUGCAGCUUUAGGACCUGGUCUUGCGGGGCUUCGCACCUGCCAACAAUGGGCGCUCUCUUUGGCUCUUCCUGUGUGGUUUAACCCUGAAUUAUUUAGAGCCCAGCCAUGAUCAAGGGCAGUUUAAAUGAGCUGGCCCACUGGUGAUACUUCUAGAUUUUUUUUUUUUUUUUUUUUUGCUUUUGUUUUUCUUUAGCCUGGGGCAUGGGACUAAAUAGUAAAUGUGCAUGAUGGCUGUGGCUGCUCAAGAGUGGGAGGGUGAGUAAGGGAGAAACUGGCUAAAACUCUGUGGCAGGAUCGCCUUUGCUCAGGGUGGCCAGACCACAGGCUGCAGGUGGUUUGUAGCUCACAGCCCCCACACUCCACAGCCAGGCUGCCCUGAAGCCGACUGGGUGGUUUGCCUCUUGUUCAACCCCAUGUGGCACUGACUGGAAGAAACAGGAUUAGACAACUGAAUUCUAAGCCUAGCACAUUCCAGGCAAAUGGGCAGGGAUUGGAAAAUUCACUCCCUCAGGCUGCCUGGACCUGGUCAGACUACCCAUGCCCUUGGUUAUUCAGAGAUCAUCCAAAAAUCAGCCAGUGGUUUUGAGAAGAAAAUAUCCCCACCCCCUCAACCCCACCCCCAACUCACAUCCCUAAACUAGCUAAGCCAGCAGAAUAAGACCAGAAUCGGUCCACAAGAAUUUUUUGACCAGCAGGCUAAAAAAAGAAAGUAUUGGCCCAGCUACAGGGUUGCCUUCCUGGCCUUUCCUUCGCCAGUGCAAUUUUGAGUCAUUUCCUUUUCUUAACGAAAAAGAAAAUUUGGUUUCCUUCCCUGACUUCAUGGUCUGUAAUUCAAACCCUACUGAGAGGUGAGAUACUAGCCGACAACCCAGGUGCGCUGCGAGGCUUCUCUUGGCAUGUUCUGUUUGGAAAAGUGAGUUUCCUGAAUUUUUGCUUUCCCAGUGAAGUGACUACCAAAGGGCUGGGAAACAAGGGGGGCCAAAAUAAUUUUUUAAAAAGAUUUUUUCAUAUUUGUGCAUCUAAAUUUGGGGCAAUUUUCUAUAUCUGUGCUAAGAAUAUGUUCAUGUAACAUAAUUCUUUUGUUGUUUGUUUUUGAAGCACCUUAUAUAGUAUAAUAUAUAUUUUUUUGAGAUUGCAUUGCUUGUUUAUCAGACAAUUGAAUGUAAUAAUUCUGUUCUGGGUUUAAUUUGACUGGGUUAACGUGCAAAAACCAAGGAAAAAGAUUUUGUUUUUUGUAUAUUUUUCAAGCUACCUUGUCAUGUAUGCAGUUUUGAUGCCUAAAGUCUGGUGAUUAUUCAUUUAAAUGAAGAUCACAUUUCAUAUCAACUUUUGUAUCCACAGUAGACAAAAUAGCGCUAAUCUACAUGCCUAUUGUUGGAUAUUGAAUGACAGACAAUCUUAUGUAGCAGAGAUUAUGCCUGAAAAGGAAAAUUAUUCAGGGCAGCUAAUUUUGCUUUUACCAAAAUACCAGUAGUAAUAUUUUUGGACAGUAGCUAAUGGGUCAGUGGGUUCUUUUUAAUGUUUGUACUGAGAUUUUUCUUUUAAAAAAUAAAAAAACCAAAAAAAAAAAAAUUAAAAAA